UUCUUCAGCUGUCAAUUUGUGUUUGGAUGGAGAUUGCGAUUUUGCUUUUUGCGACGAAAUCAAAUAAUCAUUUGCAUUUCAAGAGCAAUUCAAGCAAGUUGUGUUUACGAACCCAUUGCCACGAGUUCUUAACUACCCUCAAGAUUUGAUUGACUUCAACCCGAGCUCUCUACUUGGAAAUCAGCAUGACUCUGGGAACUUACAACAGGCAUCAGGCUAUGAGGAAGAAGCAAGCUGCACUAGCGGCGGCAUUUCCUCAAGGCAUCAGAUGCCAAAAGUGCCUUCAAUAUGGGCACUGGAGCUACGAAUGUAAAGGGAAACGCAAAAUUCUGGUGCGGCCGUCUCGCACACAAGUCAUGAAGAAGAAUUUGAAGGGCAAGGAUGAAGGCCAGUGCAGCAAUGGAGCCUGCAAAAUCCCUAAAAAGAAGAAACGUGAGGAAUCAGACUGUUCAGACUGCUCCGACAAUGGCUCCUCAUCCGACAGUUCGUCAGAGUCAUCAUCGGACAGUUCGGAUUCUUCCAGCAGCAGCAGCAGCGAUUCCGAGAGCGACAGCGAGGGCAGCAGCGACUCUGGCUCAUGUAGCGACUGUUAAACAGUCACAUUUAUGUAAGGAUUACUAUGCACUUGUUAUAAGUAGGCUUACCAACCGACUAACUGUUUCGUCUAGUCUUCUAAUUGAUUGUUUAAAAUAUAAAUUUUUUCAAACUCCUGAGAGGUAGUGUUGUAAAAGUUGGUAAUCCUAUUUAUCAGUAUUUAGGUGAACUUAUAUAAGAAUCUGAAAAUCCAGUGUAGUCUUAGUAAUUCUGUGCAUCUAAAUAUCUUGCUGUCCUAUGCUAAACACAAAUGGAUUAUUUUUUUAUUUGAUUGCUCACAGGUUUGACUAAAUGCUGGACAUUUGAGGCUGACAUGCAUUAUUAAUUUUUUUUAUUAGCUCGAGACAUUAUUGCGUUUCAACAUUCAAGAUAAAAAUGUGGGUACUUUUAAUUUAUUAUAACUUUGUUGCUUGGACAUUGUUCGUUCAUUCAUGAUAACCUUUUAAACCUGGUGGCAAUUAUUAUAUCAUUGUAAUUUUGUAUGUGAUUGUAUUUUGUUACCUGAUUGCUAAUAAACAAUGUAUUUGUGAACUUGAUAUGAUUUUAGUUAACUGUAAAAUUGUUAAAACUUUACUAUAAGUUGUUUAUUGGUAAGAUGGUAUGUGUAACUUUAGGGUAUGUAUUUUUAUUUUAGAAUGUAUGUAUAGGAUAUUCAAUUUCAAUAAAUGACUUAAUAUUCGAGUGAAUUUAAUGAGUUUUAUAACACAAUAUUAUUGACAUUAAAUGUUAGUGUACUGUUGUUUUAUGCUUUGUAAAAAAACUUGCUGAUUCAAAUAGGUUAGUGUCGUAGACAUGUACUAGAACGUCUUAGUUUAUAGUUUUAUGUAAUGCAAAAUAAUAUUUUAUAAUAAGACU